AGCUUCCCUUCUGUAAACAUACUUGCAUCACACGUGCAGGUUUAGCAGACGUAUGUGGUCGAUCUAUGAUCAAGUUCGCUCGGAAGCGAUAUACGCUUAGGUUCUUGACUUAUGACAUUAAGAUUGACGUUAAAACCUGUACGUUUCCAAUGUUCUAACUCAAUAGCCUGGAGGCAGUUUCAGGCACAAACUGCUGAUCAUUCUUCUGCACUUAAAAAAUUAGUCAAGGAAAUGGAGGAACAACAUUCCCUCAAUCAAUUGGCUGAAAUGGAGAAGGACGAUACGGAGAAACCUAAGCCUCAGUUUGGAACUCGUUUCUUAACAGAUCCGAAAAAUGUUUUUCAGCACAAUACAUGGGACCAUGUAGUGUGGGAUGAAGAACAAGAAGCAGAGGCAAAGACCAAGGCCUUGGAACAUACACAGCACACUGUUUCCAAAGAAAAGCAAGAGGAAUAUGAAAAUGAAGCAGACAUGUUCUGGGACAAAUUUUACAAUCAGCACCAAAACAGAUUUUUCAAAGAUAGACACUGGCUUUUCACAGAGUUUCCAGAACUUUACCAUUGCCUUGAAGAUACUGAUACCAACUGUCCUGAAACCUCAGAUGCUGAAAAGGGGAUGCCCAUAGGAGCAGGGAAGGAGGAAAAUGCAGCAGCAAACAGUAGUAGUUUUUGUGGAAGUGGUGAAGAAUGUGGAAAACUAGUUGCAUGCUUAGAUGGAAAUACAGGGGCCCAACAGGAGGAAAAUCUGUCCAGAUCGGAUUUUAAAGAAAAUACUAAAGAAGAUUCUGGCAGUAUGCUCACAGAAGAAAAUUUACCUCAAUCAUCUUUAACUGAUUCUGUGGAACUGUCGGAAAUGUCAAAAAUGACAAAAAAAGCAGAGAGCAAAAGACUUUUUGACAAUAAUGAGAACAAGCAGGAUGUGAACUGCAAAAUAUCAGGGCUAGUUAGCUUACACCCUGAUGUGUUCAAAGAAAACAGUACAUCUUGCAGAUUUGUUGGUGAAGGUUCAACAUUCAGACUUCUAGAGGUUGGAUGUGGUGUUGGAAACACAGUCUUUCCAGUUUUAAAUACCAAUAAGGAUGCUGGACUGAUGAUGUACUGCUGUGAUUUUUCAAAUACAGCUGUUCAGUUGGUUAAAAAGCAUCCAGAUUAUGAUCCUAUGCGGUGCCAUGCAUUUGUCUGGGAUAUCACAGACUCCACGGCAGAGCUUCCUUUUCCUCAGGAAAGUCUUGAUGUUAUCAUCAUGAUCUUUGUUCUCUCAGCAAUACAUCCAGACAAGAUGCAGAGUGCCAUCAACAACCUAGCCCGUUGCCUGAAACCUGGGGGCCUGUUGCUUUUUCGAGACUAUGGGAGGUAUGACUUGGCCCAGCUUCGUUUCAAAAAAGGCCGUUGCUUGUCAGAGAAUUUCUAUGUACGAGGCGAUGGAACAAGAGUAUACUUCUUCACACAAGAGGAGCUGCGGUGCAUGUUUCAAGCUUCAGGCCUGGAAGAGAAACAAAAUUUGAUUGACAGGCGACUGCAGGUGAACAGGAGCAGGCAGCUCAAAAUGUACCGUGUUUGGAUCCAGUGCAAGUAUAGAAAACCACUUGGCAUCAUAAAAGAAGACAACCAACAAAGGACAGAAUCAUGAUGUUAAAUAGCAUAUUGGAGAUGAGAAAAGCAAAACAAGUACUUUUAUGAAGCAUAAAUUCUGAGUAUUUUCGUGAUGUCCACACUUUUACUUAGGAAAGUGGUCAUUCACCCAUGAAUGUGGAUUUUUUUUUUAUCAGUGGCAUGAAUCAAGAAAACUGUUUGUAUAAACCAUUCAUGUACAUAAAAAUUAGUGUAAUAUCAAGGCUUAGUUUUACUUUUUCCCAGUCUUUCUGUGACUGUUUUUAUCAAAAGCUGUGUCAAUGUUGCGUCCUUUUUUUGUUUUGCUGCUUUAGACCUUUGAUUUCAAAACUGAGGAAGUAUGUGUCAAUCUGCUGGUUAUAUUACAUUAUGUGGCAAGAUGGCUUCCACAAGUUCUAUCACAGCAC